UGCAUUAGUCGUUAUCUUGGCGUGCAGCGCGAUAAAUACCUCAAUACAAUCUUAAGCUCAAAGUAGACGAUUUUGAUUUAUCAAAACUACAUUUUAUUUCUGUUCUUUUUUUUUUUGGUUUCGUUGUUUGUUUUGAAUGAGUGGCUCAAUCGUAUACAAUUUUUGGGCAGCCACUUAGUAUUUAAACACGGCGUGCAGAAUCCCGAAUCAACUCAUUCCUCCCAGGACUUCGAAGAAGAUAGUUCAUACAGCCGUGACUGCUGCUUAAGAUUUUGUAGUUUUUAAACCAAUAUUUUCGAAAAUCAAUCCUCAGAUAGAAUUCACACACAGUGGACGGACAUACAUUUUAAAAGUAACGAAUUUUGUUCUAAGUGCCAUAAAAGAAUUGGUGGAUUGAAUUUCUCGCGAGUCAGAAGCCGGACGAAACUCACAGUGUGCAGAAAAUUGAAGUGCCAGUUGAUCAUUUUCCAGUGUCUUACAUUUUUCAACACAACAUUUGCAAUUUAGUUUCCAAAAUGAAUUCAAUCAUUUUUAUUUUUUCGAUUUCACUCGUGAUAAGUGUAUUACUCGUUAACGCCGAUGAAGAUGGAAAAUAUGAUGCUCGCAGAUACAAUCAAAAUUCAGUUGACAAUCAACGUUACAAUAGCGGUGGAAAAUACAUAGCGAUGAACGACGGCAGAUACGUGCAUGUUUGGGACCAGCGAGAACUGGGAAAAUACCAUCACGUGCAUAUUCCAUAUACCGGCGGCUAUGGACCAUUCCUGAAUCCUUAUGAUCAUAUAAACAAUCCGUACCUUCAUGAGGUUCACGAUAGUGAUUACGAACACGUAAGUAGCUCGAGUGAAUACCACCCAUCUCAGCAUCCGUACAAUGCCCAAGGAUACGAGAUUCCAAAACCAGACAUACCCCUUGUUUACGGAUUUCCAAAUAUUCACUAUAAUGCACCAUUACAAUCCUCUCCAAACCUUCCCGUAUCAUCAAUACCAACCGAAACCAACCUUCUUCUUCUCGAUACACCAACCACCACGGAUGCUUCAUCAUCUCUCUUAGACAAUGAUAGCACCACUAUCUUAACCGGUGAUAGUUUGAAUGUUAGAAAAAAACGAUCAUUUAUUCAUUCACAGCCAAAACAGAUUGAAAUCACCACCACCGGUACAGCUCGACCACGCACACGUUACGAUGACGAAGGAAAAUGGAGAAUCAUUCGGCAAGAAGAAGACAAACAAGACAAAAAAUACGAUUACUUCUUCGAAACCGAAAACAAAAUUUUUGCACAGGAAGCCGGUAAAGUUGACGGAAAGGACAAAGCCAACGAAGGCACCAAAAACCAAGGCUGGUACCAAUAUGUCGGCGAUGACGGCAAAGUCUAUCGCGUUGAAUACGAAGCAGGAGAACAAGGCUUCAUUCCAAAGGGCGACCACAUUCACAAAGCAAUUCAAAAGCAUUUGGACAGCUUGAAGGAACGCAACCUGAUCUAAAUGCAACAAACAUAAUUUUUAGCUAUUUAAAUUUACAUCUUACGUACGAUGGCUUUUCCCUUCCGGUUUGAAAUGGAUGAAACGCAUACACGUUUAAUUUAAGGCGUCGAAAAAAAAAAUUGAUAGAAUUUUGUCUUUGUGAUAACUGAAAGAAUAUAUGGUAUCGAUGAGCAAAAGUCGAAAGAUCAUCCAAGAUAAUUCACGUAUUAAUAUAAACAUUUUCCUACAAUCCAUUUAUACUCACCCACAACACUAUAGUGUGUUUAGUUUCGCAAAUGCAAUUGUAAUUUUAAUAUUUGAACUAUUUCCCCCUUAACCCUCAUUACAUUUUUAUUCCAUUCGACGCAAUCAUUUUUCAUUGUCCCUUGACUACGCUGAAAUCGGUCGACAAUCAUGGCAAGUGAAUUCAUGAUUGCGAAGCACUUCUCAAUAAAAAAAAAAACUACGCUACAAAUAUACCGCGUGUAUCCCCUGCGCACGCUACGUUUAUACCAUUUUCACGCUUACGCUUAUUUUAUACAUAGUUUAAUACAGAGUCGAAGGUAUAUUUAAGGCAUAUUUUUAGCGUGAAUCGCAUGCAAAGCAUACGGAUAGAAUACUUUGACUUAGCGUAUUCUAUCCGUAUGCUUUGCAUGCGGUUCACGCUAAAAAUAUGCCUUAAAUAUACCUUCGACUCUGUAUUAAACUAUGUAUAAAAUAAGCGUAAGCGUGAAAAUGGUAUAAACGUAGCGUGCGCAGGGGAUACACGCGGUAUAUUUGUAGCGUAGUUUUUUUAUUGAGCUCGAAAGACGCGACCACCCCUUUCAACUUGUUCAUAUUGAUGCAUAUUUCCGUUCAGUUAUUUACAACAACAAAUCAGCAAGUGCAUUCAGAAUACAGAAACACAUGUUACACGGACGCAAUUCAAUAUUUUCCUCGAAUUCGCCACGAAAUUUAGCUGUUGUAUGAACGUUGAGUCGAGUCUUUGGACACCGUUAAAGGAGAAAAUGCAUUACAUCCCAAAUCAAAUUUCAAUUUUAGUAUAAUCAAAAUCACUUGUAAAUUAGUCAUUAGAGAAUCUGAGUUUAAUAAAAACAAAAACAAAAGACA